AGGUUGUCAGUCAGGGGUUAGCGUCGACGUGGUGAGGUUUGGAACCACCACCCGGUUGUACACUUUUCACCAUGGUUGAGACCCGCAGUGGGAAGGGCACUAGCCCCUACACCAAGGAACAGCAAGAGAAGAUGGCCGCCUUAGUUAAGGAGAAUAAGGAGAGAAAAGAGCGCGAGAAGCAAGUAAAGUUAAAAGCUAUCGCAGACGAGCAGGCGGCGAAGAUGAGGGAAUUAGAGGAGGAGAUGGAGAAAAAGAAGAAGGCUGCUGAAGAAGAAGCGGCAGCAGAAGAAGAAAAAGAGAGAAUGAGAAUUGAGAGUGGAGAAGGGAUCAGUGGUGGCACGAUGAAGAGAGAUACAAACAUUGAGAUUGAGAGGAAGAUAAGCGAGUGGGUCGCUAAUUUAUCGUUGGGAGAAGACGAGGAUGAGAGGGCUACGCUAGCCAGUGAGCUAGCAGCAAUGACAGAUCCAAUGGAACGGCGAGAAAGGGGGGAGGAGCAGAAAUUGGCGUGGAAGCUGAGGAUGAAGAGGGAGAAGAAGAGGAGGAAAGAGGAAGUGAGCAAAUUGACCGCAGAGGUAGCAAAGGUGCAGGAGUGCAAGCAGGAAGUGUUGGCCCAACCAGAUGACAAGGCCAAGUGGGACAAGGUGUUGGGUUACCUGGAAGUGUUGAGCAAGACCGGGAUAGAGGAGCGUCAGGCCAGUUGGAGCCAAGACGUAGCGUUGAGUGCCAUGCGGUCGGGGUUCAGAGAUUUUGCGCGCAAGAUCGUCACCCACAUUGGGGGCCCUGUCAGGCAACUAAAGGACAAGGGUAGGGAAGUUUUGUGAGGGCGCUAUUGAAGGUGCCAAAGCCAUAGCCGUUGUAGAGGGUGAGGCCAGACCUCGC